UACUCGACCAAAUCGGUGCUCGACCAAAAAAUUUGAGUAGAAAAUGCAUCGGACCUCGAACAGAUUUUCGGUACUCGACUAGCCGAGUCGACCCGAACGCGCUCCUCGGUCCUUCUCGGCCCUUCUCGGCCAGCGGGUAAGCGUCAGUUCGACUCAGACCGCCAGCGGAGUAAGACGUACGCAGUUUGUUCGAGUAUUUCUUCCCAGAUUUAAACUUUUUCGUGUUGCUCUAGCCCUUAAUAAUGGGUCCAAAGAAAGACAGUGAUAAGGGGAAGGCAAAGAGGAAAACAGUGAGGACCACUAUUGAACUGAAGAAGGAAAUUAUAGCAAAAUAUGAAAGUGGUGUACGAGUGUCCGACCUCGCGUCGCAGUACGAAAUGGCAAAGUCAACCAUUUCCACUAUCUUGAAGCAUAAGGAAGUGUUAAAGAAAGCUGAUGUUGCAAUGGGAGUGACAGCAAUUAGUAAGCAAAGGCCUCAGAUAAUGGAAGAAAUGGAGAAGUUGCUUCUUAUCUUCACCAAGGAAAAGAUGUUGUCAGGGGACAGCAUUAGUGAAGCUCUCAUCUGCGAAAAAGCUCUUCAAAUUUACGAAGAUCUAUUGAAAACUACUGGAGGUGAAAGUGCUAGUUCAUUUACUUUCAAGGCAAGCAAGGGAUGGUUUGAAAAAUUUAGACAUAGAACGGGAAUUCAUAGAGUUACCAGGCAUGGGAAGGCAGCCAGUUCGGACAAAGCAGCGGCUGAGAAAUAUGUUACAGAAUUCAGCGAGACCAUCAAGGCUGAAGAGUAUGUUCCUGAACAAGUGUUUAACUGUGACGAGACCGGCCUGUUUUGGAAGAAAUUGCCGGCCAAUACGUACAUCACAAAGGAGGAGACAAAAAUGCCAGAUUCACCUCCACGGAAGAGAGAGAGAAGGGAGAAAACCCCUGAAGGCGCGUUACCUAGCGUCAUCAUGGAAGGGGAUUCCCCUUCCAAGGAGUAA